UUUAAACAACAUCCAUCACACACACACACACACACACACACACACACACACACACACACACACACAGGAGUGGGCUCUGGUCUUUACUCUGUUUCUAUUUUAACUGGACUCGCUCAGACAGCAGCCAUGGCUCGCUGCAGGAGCUACUUGCGAGGACUUGCUAUCUGUGUCACUGUAUUGCUACUGGUGUCUGGGUUUGUGAUGAUUGGUGCUGCUUUUUCCUCCAUUGAUGAUAUGCCUGUUGCGGAGUUGUUUGACCAGCUGUCCAGUAGUAAUGGCUUACUGGUCCUGCAGGUGUUUGGUCCACUCACAAUGGUUUUGUCUGUUCUGGGCAUAUCUGCUGCCUCUUUGGACUACAAAUCUUUGCUGUUGGUGUUUUCUGCUCUGACAUUUGUGGAGUUUGUGGCACUAAUGAUCGUUGCCUCACCGCUGGUUCGGGUUCAAGCUCAGAUGGACUUUGCCGUGGAUGAAUUGUUUCUCAAUGUAACACCCCUACACAAAGCAGCUGAUGACAUCCAGGAAGAAUUAAACAAGCUUCAGACGUCGGACUCCUGUUGUGGUUUGAGGAAAUUUGAAGACUGGGAGAAUCAGCUUCCUGUUUCCUGUAUCUGCACACCUCCCACAACCACCUAUACCAGGGAGUCAAGAUCUCAGCCUGGUAAUUCCAGCUCAUAUGAGCCUUGUGUGAUGGUGGGCAGUAACCACAGAGUGCAGUUUGUGCACUCCAAGCCCUGUGGUCCCAUCCUAAAGAGCUACUUGAGUUUCCCAGUCAAGCUCAGGAUAGGAAUCAUUUCAGCUUUCACCACUAUUGCAAUAACAGCCAUUGCUCUGUGUCUGGCUUUGGGUCUGGAGAAAUACUGGAAGAAGCCUCCAGUUGAAACUACAGUCGACGACUACAACAGAGUGAAAUACCAACCUAAACCUUCCCUCACCUGACCUCUGACCCCUUUUCACCCAAAAUUAAGAUAACAAUACCAAUGCGCUUCCACUCUCUGGACUUCUGGUGCCGAUGAGAUGGUCCAGCAUGAACAAAUGGUGCUUUAUGGAGCUGUUGCCUGAAAAUGCUAGUUUUAUAGUGUAAAAACAAAUCCUUCUUGAAAUGUUCAUCUUGUGUUUGAUGGAAGGGGGUCAAAACAAUAGAUACCUUAAACUUUUUCAUUGUAGCAAAAUACCUUCCUGUAUUCAGUAGCAGAAGCAAAUUUCUAACAGCAGCAUCCUGGUGGCAUCACCUUCAACCACCACAGCUGCUUCCCGUAUCCACAUGGAAAUUUCUGUUACUGUUUAAACAUGCUUCUGGCAUCUCGUUAGCACAAAGCAGGUGCCAUCAGAGUGUCCUGUCAUUAAUCUUACCAGGUAAUUUGUGUUUUUCCAGAAUGACAGUCUUUUAUGGGCAUAAUCAUUGUUUAUUGGAGGAACAUCUAAAGGAUGUUAGUCUGUUUUAGACAUAUUUUUAAGAUAAAUUGGCAAUCACUCUAUUUGCAAAUGCUAAAAUAGAAAGUCUGGGUUUUUUGGUGUAGAAUCACUUAUAAAUAAUUAUUUUAGUCUUUUAGCUCCAUUCAGAGGACUGUUUUAGGACUGUCUCUGGACAAAUUGCCACCAUUUUCUGAACAAUCACAGUAACAGAGGGUGUAACGGCUCUCCUGGAUCUGCUCCAUAUUAAUUCUGAUUGGUUGUAAAACUAAAUUUUUUGGGUAGGCAAAUGUUAUUACAGGAGCAUAUUUAAACCCUGGCUUAUUUGUCUUGUCUUGCAACCAUUUAAUGGAACUUAUGACACAUUAAUAAGUCUCUAAGCAGACUAUAAUAUUUUUACUUUUAUUUAAGGAUAUGCGCUGGGUGUAAGUUUCUUUUCUCUGUAUUUCAGCAGAUGUUUGAAAACUUUCUCCACUUGUGGUAUUUAUGUGAUGUUCACAAAAUCAGUGCCAGUAACACCAGCAGCUGUACUGAAAGACUACUGGGGCACAAACAUACCUCUAAAUAAGGAGGUAAAUGUUCUUUGUUUCAAUAUUUGAAGAGUGAUUUUUAUUAUUAUUGUUGUUGUUGUUGUUGUUGUUGUUGUUACUAGUAUACAUGAGUUCUCUCCUAUUCACCUGAUAGCCUGCAUCAUCUGUUUUUUUGGCAUUACAAGCUGCAACCUGAAGAUGGCAGCGAUGGUAUACAUUUUGCAGCAAGUCAGUGUGCGGGUGGUGUGCUUUGUAAAAUUAAAUUCUUUAAUCUGA